GAGAGAGAGAGAGAGAGAGAAAGAGGAGGAGAAGACGCGGACGCCACAUCCCUCUGCCCACCCCUGACGGGGAGGAAUCCCCACCAAAGUCUCUCUCUCUUUUCCCUUUCUCUCCCCCCCCCCAGUUUUUUUUGGGUGUCAGAUUGAAGCCCGUCUGUGCGCAUGUGCGAAGGUGUCCAAACUGACAAUGCUGGGGAGAUGAAGCUGGCGCGGCAGAGUUGCUGCGGGUUCAAGGAGGCAUCUCACCAUCCACGCCGGCGGCACCAUGCGAUCCAAGGCGAGAGCCAGGAAACUGCCCAAAAGUGACAACGAGAUUGUGAAUAACAUGUAUGAAACCGAGGUGGACCUCCUAGCCGGCGAGAGCGCAGAAGAGGAGACCGAGGACAGCAUCAUGUCCCCCAUCCCCGUUGGGCCGCCCUCGCCUUUCCCCGCGGGCGAGGACUUCGACCCCAAAGAAGGCUCCCCCUACGAAGCCCCCGUCUACAUUCCCGAUGACAUUCCGAUCCCUACAGACUUUGAACUGAGGGAGUCCUCCAUUCCGGGAGCCGGGCUGGGUAUUUGGACCAAAAAGAAGAUAGAGGCUGGGGAGAGACUGGGGCCUUGCGUGGCUUUCCCUGGAACGGCACUGAAGGACACCAACUUCGGGUGGGAGCAAAUGCUGACAGAUCCCGAGAGCAGUUUGCAAGAUGGCUGCAUUAAAAAGGCCAGCGAUGACCUGGGCACUGAGAAAUUCUGUGUCGAUGCCAACCAGUCCGGAAAUGGGAAUUGGUUAAAGUACAUCCGGAUGGCCUGCUCCAGCGAGGAACAAAACGUGGCUGUGUGCCCCACGAAUGACCAGAUGUAUUAUAAAGUUAUUAGAGAAAUAGAACCUGGAGAAGAGCUGCUGAUGUACACAAAAGAAGGCACUUACUCUGCUGGGAACAUGGAACCCAGUUUGGAAGAAGUGCACACUUUCCGCUGUGAAGACUGUGAUGAACUUUUCCAGUCCAAGAUGGACCUGAGGCGGCACAAGAAGUAUUCUUGCAACCCGGUCGGUUCCCUCUACGAGUCCCUGAGCGAGGAGAUCAAGCAGGAGAGCGGUGCGGACGGGCAGAUCCACGAGUGCAAAGACUGUGAAAGGAUGUUCCCGAACAAAUACAGCUUAGAGCAACACAUGAUCAUCCACACUGAGGAAAGGGAAUACAAGUGCGACCAGUGCCCCAAGGCCUUCAACUGGAAAUCAAAUCUGAUCCGUCACCAGAUGUCCCACGACAGCGGCAAGCGAUUUGAAUGUGAAAAUUGUGUCAAGGUGUUUACGGACCCCAGCAACCUCCAGCGGCACAUCCGUUCCCAGCACGUCGGCGCCCGGGCGCACGCCUGCCCAGACUGCGGGAAAACCUUUGCCACGUCGUCGGGCCUCAAGCAGCACAAGCACAUUCACAGCACUGUCAAACCUUUCAUAUGUGAGGUCUGCCACAAGUCCUACACACAGUUCUCCAACCUCUGCCGCCACAAGCGCAUGCACGCCGACUGCCGGACCCAGAUCAAAUGCAAGGAUUGCGGGCAGAUGUUCAGCACCACCUCCUCGCUCAACAAGCACCGGCGCUUCUGCGAGGGCAAGAAUCAUUACAACCCAGGGGGCCUUUUUGGCCCAGGCUUGCCCUUGACCCCCAGCUCCAUGAUGGACAAGUCCAAGCCGCCUCCCACCCUCAAUCAUGCCAACCUUGGCUUCAGUGACUACUUCCCUUCCCGGCCGCCGCCAGGAGGCCUCCCGUUCUCUCACGCGCCCCCAGCCUUUUCAGCCCUGGCUCCCGGGUUCCCGGGGAUCUUCCCCCCUUCGUUGUACCCCAGACCGCCUUUAUUGCCCCCGACGCCACUGCUGAAGAGCCCCAUCAACCAUACCCAAGAGGCCAAGCUCCCAAGCCCGCUCAACAACCCAGCACUCCCUCUGUUGUCUUCGGUGAGCAGCAGCGGUCACGAGGAGAAGUUCAACAGCGGGAACUCGUACCUGGAGAAGCUCAAAGCCAGGACUAGUGACCUGUCUGACGCGAGUGACUUUGAGGACGUCAACACCACCACAGGCACCGAUCUUGACACCACCACUGGGACGGGCUCCGAUUUGGAGAGCGAUGCGGAGAGCGACCGGGACAAAACGAAAGACAAGAACAAGCCGGCGGAGAGCAAGCUGGACUUCAGCAACAGCUCGGUGUCCGCCAGCUCUGUCAACAACGUGAGCGACCUGCCUCUUUUUUACUCCCAACAUUCCUUCUUCCCUCCUCCGGAGGAGCAGUUGCUUCCCAUGGCGGGAGCCGCCAACGACUCCAUCAAGGCCAUCGCCUCCAUUGCGGAGAAGUACUUUGGGCCCGGCUUCAUGGGCAUGCAGGAGAAGAAAAUGGGCUCCCUUCCAUAUCAUUCCAUGUUCCCUUUCCAGUUCCUCCCCAACUUCCCUCAUUCGCUGUAUCCGUUCACGGACCGGACCCUCAACCAUAGCUUGCUGGUCAAGACAGAACCAAAGUCACCCCGGGACCUUCAGAAAAUGGGCAGCACCAGCGCUGAAUCGCCCUUUGACCUUACCACAAAGCCAAAAGAAAUCAAGCCGGCUUUGCUGCCUCCCAAAGCCCUGCCGGCUCAUCUCUCCGCGGAGGAACAACCACUGGAUCUGAGCAUCGGCAACCGCAUCCGGGCCAGCCAGAACGGGAGCCGGGACUCCCGGAAGAACCACAUCUAUGGAGACAGGAAACUCAUGGCCGGCGACAUAUUACCCAAGAUUUCUCAGGCGCAGAUGCCGGCACAGCCAUCGUUGCACUACGCAAAGCCAUCUCCCUUUUUCAUGGACCCCAUUUACAGCAGGGUGGAAAAACGGAAGGUGGCCGACUCAGUGGGAGCGCUCAAGGAGAAGUACCUGAGGCCGUCGCCGCUGCUUUUCCAUCCCCAGAUGUCAGCAAUAGAAACCAUGACGGAGAAACUGGAGAGCUUUGCAGCCAUGAAGGCAGACCCCAGCGCCUCCUUGCAACCCCUCCCGCAUCACCCCUUCAAUUUCCGGUCGCCACCCCCAACGCUGUCUGACCCCAUUUUGCGCAAAGGAAAGGAACGCUAUACCUGCAGGUACUGCGGUAAGAUCUUCCCGCGUUCGGCAAACCUGACCCGACAUCUCCGAACACACACAGGAGAACAACCAUACAGGUGUAAAUAUUGUGACAGGUCCUUCAGCAUUUCGUCCAACCUCCAGCGCCACGUUCGAAACAUUCACAACAAGGAGAAGCCAUUCAAAUGCCAUCUGUGCAACCGGUGCUUUGGCCAGCAGACCAAUCUUGACCGACAUUUGAAAAAACACGAACACGAGAGUGUUCCAGUGAGCCAGCACACCGGAGUCAUCACGAACCACUUGGGGAACAACGCCUCCUCUCCGACCUCAGAAUCAGACCACCAUGCACUUUUAGACGAGAAAGAAGAUGCGUAUUUCUCUGAAAUCAGAAACUUUAUUGCAAAUAGCGAGGUGAACCAAUCAUCGGCUUUAGUAGAGAAAAGGCCUGAAAUCCAGAAUGCUGAUGGCAGCUCCCAAUGCCAUGGCCUGGCCAAUGACAAAGUGGAAGAAGGGGACGAGGAAGAGGAAGAACUGGAAGAGGAAGAUGACGACAGCCUGACUGGGAAGUCACAGGAUGAGACGGGGUCGCCGACAACCGAGCCGCAAGGAGGGUAUGAGGAUGAGGAAGAUGAGGAGGCCACAUCUCUUACCAUGAGUUUUGACCGCACCCGAAGGUGUAUUGAGGAGGACGAAGCCGGCCUGUUAGAUUUGGAGCAGAUGCCGCAUUUUGGGAAGGGGCUGGACCUCCGCAAGGCCUCCGAGGAAGCUUUUGAAGUUAAAGAGGUGUAUAAUGCUACCUUAGACUCUGAGGCAAUAAAACAGACCCUAUACAGGCAGGCUAAGAAUCAGGCUUAUGCAAUGAUGUUGUCCCUUUCCGAGAACACGCCACUCCAUCCCUCUUCCCAGAAUUCUCUGGAUGCUUGGUUGAGCAUGGCAGGGGCAGCUUCAGAGCCAGGAGGCUUCAGCUCCAUCGGCCAUCUCUGAGGGAUUCGAGGGGGGCACCUGGCCAGAAACGAUCCCAGGUGCCACGCGGGGCCUCUCCGAAAUCCUGGCCAGAGGAAGACUGAUCGGAAAAGGCCCCUGGGCCUGGGAGGAGAAACCCGCCACCGAUGAUCCAUCUCCCAUUGGGUCCGAAGGGACACCACCACCACCCCCAGCAGCCCCACAAUCCUGCCAUCUCUGAUGAUGCAUAGCACAUGCCGGGAGUGGGUUUGCUUUUGGGAUCUGCAAAUGAAAAAAUAGACUGUCCCCUCUCUCUGAGCCAGCAAGAACCUACUUAUUGUAAACUUAAGAAACCUUGAAGUCCUUUGAUUGAUCCUCAUUAUCACGUUCUGCGGAGGAGAAGACUUUCUCAGCCCGCUCUCAUUCUAAUCAAGUCACUGGAGCUCCACUGAGAUUGCGAACACUGUUUGACUUCCGACUGCUUUGUUUUCCCUUCCUUUUGAAACAAGUGUCAAAUUCCGGUCCGUGGGUGUUUAGAGUGUGAACUCAUGCCGCGAGCAACCAUUCUCCGAACGUGUUGACCCAACCUGUGCCGCGAACCAGUCUCCGAACAUAUUGACCCAACCUGUGCCGUGAACUAUUCUCCGAACGUAUUGACCCAACCUGUGCCGCGAACCAUUCUCCAAACAUAUUGACCCAACCUGUGCCGCGAACCAUUCUCCAAGCAUAUUGACCCAACCUGUGCCGCAAACCAUUCUCCGAACACGUUGACCCAACCCGUGCCGCAAACCAUUCUCUGAACAUAUUGACCCAACCUGUGCCGCGAACCAUUCUCCAAGCAUAUUGACCCAACCUGUGCUGCGAACCAUUCUCCAAACGUAUUGACCCAACCUGUGCCGCGAACCAUUCUCUGAACAUGUUGACCCAACCCGUGCCGCAAACCAUUCUCCGAACGUGUUGACCCAACCUGUACCACGAACCAUUCUCUGAACGUGUUGACCCAACCUGUGCCGCGAACCAUUCUCCGAACAUAUUGAUCCAACCCAUGCUGCAAACCAUUCUCCAAAUGUGUUGACCCAACCCGUUCCGCGAGCAACCAUCUCCGAACAUGUUGACCAAAUCACUCCAAUCUAAUGUUCUUUCUUCCUUUCUUUUUGAAAGAAUACCUCUCUAUCUGUAACCCCUACAACCUUCAAGUUUUACUACUUUUAGUGAAAACGUCAUAUGCUUAAGCAGAGCACUGUAACCCUUACCUGCAACCCCUACAACCCCAAGGUCAUCUGCCUUCAAGUGUUCUCACUUUUAGUGAAAACAUCAUCCUCUUAAGCAGAGGACCGUCAUCAUUGAGGUCAACCACUUCUCUUGUGGUUGUUGAAUGAAAAAUUAUGUAUAUUUUUUAAGACAGACACAAUCCAUGAUAUUUCUCUGUCCUUCCUUGAUAGGAGAAUUGUUGCCCGCAAGGAUGGCGGGCAUCCGAAUGUCCACAAGGAUCUGUUUCCAAUCCGUGGAGAAAGACAAAGAGAGAGGAGCAAACCCAUUUCAGACCCAAUCCAGAAAGAAUCACAAGUCUUACUUUCGAAGAACCCUUAUUGCUUUUCUCCAGUGUUUUGCUUGACAAAGAGCUUCCACAUCUGAAUGCCUUGAAUGUUAGUGUUAGCAGAUAUCUGGGAAUUAAGGCUGAUGUGUCCAAGGCUGGAAGAUCCAAAGCCAACGUUGAAAAUUUCCGCCACAAUUCCCUUCCUGCUAUGGGCUGUUGGCAUCUCAUAGGAAGGAUAUUUCCACUGGAACCAUUAAGUACCAGCAAUGUUAAUCCAGAGGUCCAGUGUCCGAACAACUUACAACAUACCUUAUUCAAAUACGAGGGGUAAAUUUUUCCUCCCGAUUCUAAAACUUAGAUUUUGAAGGUCAAAUUGAUGCAAAUAAUAACCGGAAGUGUUUGAGAGAUUCGCUUUUGUUAUUGAUUUCUGCUUUAAUUAGACUUUUUGGUUCUGAUCCUCCUCAGUGCCAGUGUUUUCAGUAAGAGCACAUAAAGCUUUGGAGAGCUUCUGUUCAACCAUUUCAAAGCUCUCUGCUUGAGUGGUGAUGGCACAAUCAUCAGCAUAGAUGAAACUCUCUGCUCCUUCUGGCAGUGGCUGGUCAUUUGUGUAAAUGUUAAACAUUGAUGGAGCAAGCUUUAGAGAGCUUCUUUUCAACCAUCUCAAAGCUCCCUGUUUGAGUGGAGAUGGCACAAUCGUCAGCAUAGAUGAAACUCUCUGUCCCUUCUGGCAGUGGCUGGUCAUUUGUGUAAAUGUUAAACAUUGAUGGAGCAAGCUUUAAAGAGCUUCUCUUCAAUCAUCUCAAAGCUCCCUGUUGGAGUGGUGAUGGCACGAUCGUCAGCAUAGAUGAAACUCUCUGUCCCUUCUGGCAGUGGCUGGUCAUUUGUGUAAAUGUUGAACAUUGAUGGAGCAAGCUUUGGUGAACUUCUGUUCAACCAUCUCAAAGCUCUCUGCUUGAGUGGUGAUGGCAUGAUC